AUGCCGCGUAAUACACCCUGUCGAGACUGCAAGAAACGACGACGAAAAUGUGUCUGGGAGCCCUUUUCAACAAUAUGUCUUCGGUGUUCGAGACUCGAGCUUCAGUGUGUGCAAUUCGACGAUUCCGCCGAUGAAGACGACGAAUACGAUAUAUCCAUGGUCGAUGGUACCAGAGACAUUCAAAGGUGGUUGAGCGAUGUUACAGCAUUGCAAGCAGAGAUGCGACAGCUUGAAGCCGCCAUUCGUGCAGCUUCGGUGCCUGCCUUGUGCGCAGCAGGUAGUAGCAGCAGCAAUAGCGAUACCGAUAGCGAAUACAGUGCAUUAUCACCCAUGACACCAGCAUCAUCAUCAGCAACAGAAGAUACAGUGUUUACGAAUGUUGCUAAAUCAGCUGAACCCAACUGGAAGCUUAGUAUUGUGGAUGGCACUGUGAGACUGGAAACGAGUAUCCGCAGCAUCGAUGAAUUAUUGCAAUUUAGCCAAGCAUCCUUCCGCUACCUUUCGCCCUUUUCAAGUCUCUUUGCCAACGAAUCAGUGGUCUUUGAGAGUACAUCAGCUCAUGUCGUCUCUUCAGCAUUGCGUCUUGUUUCAAAACAAAGUCUACGCCAUUCUCGCAUGCGAUUAUUACCAGUGGAAUUACCUAUCAUGUACGACUAUCGAUCCAUCAUUGAUAAGCUUGUCAACUUGCAUAUUGAAUGCCACAGCAAUCGUAUACCUUUAUUACAUGCACCUACCUUCAUGACCUAUUACCGCUCGCUCGAUGAUCCACUCAAAAGCCCUGUUGUCAUGGCUGUGUGUGUCAACAUGCUUGGAAGCUUUCGACGGGGAAUCGAUUACACAGCUCAAGAAAAGCGACAGCUCUCAGAUUUCUUUUAUCAAAAAUGCCGAGAUUUGCUACUUGACAUGUUUGAUGAUCCAGAGCGAAGACUUGAAACGGUCAUCACCAUCUCUUUACUUGUCACUUAUGUAUCCCUUAUUCGACUUCAGUUUGCCGAAGCACGUCGCCUAGCAACAAUCGCCUCUCUGAUAGCCAAAGAUAUCGAAUCAUCCGGUCUUGAUCAUAUGCAGAAAUUCGAACGUGCCAUGUUUCAACGACACAGAGUGCACGUUGAGCAUAAUAUGAAAAUGCUUUCGAUGUUGUUGGAUGAAACGGAUGAUCAUAUCCCAUGCGGCGACCCAAUGGAGGCAUUGGAAGACGAGAGCAAGGAGAAUCACGAGUUUAUUGGUGCGCUUAAUCAUUUGGGUCGAUUGGCACAAUCUCCUUAUAUCCAUCAAACAAUGCCACACAUUAGAAGGCUGAUACGUGGUAUUCCAAGCGAGGUUAAUCUGGAUCUAGUGCUACGAUAUGAGACUGUGGUAUGCGAAUGGUGGUCGACGUUACCCGAGGACUUGCGUUUUUGCAACAACCCAUUCUCCUCCGAGAUCUUUGAGAAGCUGGAUCUUGUUGACAACGAAUUACAAUUUAUGGUGUUUGGUUUUACCCAUUGCAUGAAUAUGAUGGUCCACGCCAAUAUGCUAAGUCCACGAUCUCCACAAAACAAUGGCCAAGCUGAAGAAAUAUUGGAGGUGAUUCGGCAACGUGCCAUCACUAUGACGGUGCAAUCAUGUGACAUGUUGCUUGCUGUAUUGAAUCGGUGGACACAGCUCGACAAGAAUAAGGAAAUGAUGCCAUUGAUUGUCAUGGGCCAUGUCAUGUAUUCUUUAUUGUGCAUUUCUGUUAUUCCACAAGCCCAGAUCCCUGAACGACUCAAGUCCAACUUCUACCGAGUAUUCGAUGAAGUAGCAUCAUUUUUGCCCGAUGAUCAUCAUGUGCCAUCCACCAUUUCACCUAUACUUUCUUUCAUGUCAAACAAGGAAGCAUCAGAGCUGCAGGUGUAUUAUGAAUAUGCACUCCCAGGCUAUGCAUUUGUAUCUGACAUUAUGGAUUCAUCUCUUCAACAUCUACAAACCCAUAUCCCACUCCGGACGCCCUGUGUAUAA